CGACUGCGAAAACGGACUAAUUGGAUACCUCGCGCUGUCAUCACCGCGCCGUACCUUUGGUCGCUCUAUCUCUCGGCGGGCGAGCCAACGGUGGUCCACCUCUCUUAUUACGCGCGGAUCGAUGAUAUAUUCGACCAGGCGGAGGACGCGGAUGCCUUUCUCGUCUGUCUGAUCCUGCCCUCCCUCCCUCCUCUUCCCUCCGCCUCCGUCCCGUGAUGGAGUCCAUGGUCUUCCCCUCCGUCGGCAUGCGCGCGCUCAGCGCGACCAUCCAGUUCGUCGGCGUCACCCUCGUCACCCACUGCCUCUCGCGCCGCAUCGCCGCCGAGUCGCUCUUCACCCGCGACGGCCUCCGCCAGCUCACCUUCGCGCGCGCGCUCAUCCUGCUCAUGCUCGUCGACUCCUGGCUCUUCGUCUUCACCAGCAGCAUGGUCAUCUUCGGCGCCGGCCUCGAGCUCGACCACGGCGUCUGCUCCGCCGGCAUCUACCUCUGCAUCGCGUUCUACAGCACCUCCAAAGCGUUCGUCUACGCCUUCCUCGUCGAGAAAGUGCACAUCGUUUGGGGCCCGGUCUACGGCUCCUCGCGCCGUAGUUCGCCCGUGUACUACGUCUGCUGGGUCAUCGUCGCCCUCUACGCCGUCGUCUGCAUCACCCUCCUCUUCGGUAAAAAGGCGUUUUUCCGCGCCCAAGACGGCGCGUGCGUCAUCGGCCUGCGCAGCUUCGCCUCCAUCCCGCUGCUCACGUACGACUUGUUCGUCAACGUCGCGCUCACCACCCUCUUCCUCUGGCCCCUCUGGCAAUCGCGCAAAGGCAACACGCUCAUCAAACGCGUCGCCUCCCGCACGCUCGUCGCCGCCCUCGUCGCGCUCACCACCUCAACGAUCAACAUCCUCCUCCUCACCCUCCGCUCCGGCGCCGAGCUCGGCUGGGUCUGCCUCGGCGCCUGCUCCGCCGACGUCCUCGUCAACGCCCUCGCCGUCUUCUGGGUAACCUGGACCCCGUCCGCCUCCCGCCCCGACGAGAGCCGCCAGCAGGCCGUCCCGCCCUGGCGCACCGUCGCGUCCUGGAAGACCAGCGAUUUCGAUCUCGCCGACGCAGCAGCAGGAGGUGGAGAGGGAGGGGGAGGGGGAGGAGGGGGAGGAGGGGGAGGAGGGGGGUUCACGAUCCGCUUCGCGACUUUGGACUCGUCGUCGCCCGCGCACACGCUGCACGACGCCGUCCCCGUGCGGCCCGUCCCGCUCGCGCGAACCCGCUCCUCGGCCGCGAUACGGUACGCCGCGAGCGCCACGCCCUGGGAAACGCAAUCCCCCACGUUAGAGCGACGAGACGAGGUAGUAGAGGAGGGUGGCCAGGGCCAGGGUCCGGGUCAGGGUCAGGGUCAGGGUAGGCGGUGGCCGCGGAGACCGUUCGCGCCCAGAGCAAACUCGCUCGGCUCGCUAAGGGGUAUCGCGAACGCGCUCGGACGACGAGGGACGGAGGCGCAGCCGGGUACGGAUCUACAGGUCCAGGUCACGAGGAUAGAUACGAACGACGCCGGCGUCGAUACGGGCGGCGGCGGCGACGGCGGAGCUCGAUAUACUGUCGAACCCGAAACGUUACCGGACGUCGCCGACGACGGGCCGGCGCCGACGCGAUAUGCGCUCCACCUCGAGGGUGGGAUACAUGGACCGACGGCACUUCCUCGGACGGGCGUUCCUUAGUCCAUGUUACCGUAUCGGACCUUUUGUAUUCCCUGUUUACCCCACUUCACUGUGUGUACGACUAUCGAUGACCGCGAA